AUGUGGGCUCCGUGCAAGACUAAGAAAUCCAUGCCCACAAUUACAUCCCAGUUGAUUCGUGCACAGAUGAGCGUAAAAUUGGUAUUUAUAUCAGAUAGGGAAAAUGCUGCCCUAUUUACGCCAAGUGAUGAAAUGAAAGAUCCAUCGGCGCUAAGGAGUUCCGGGCAGUUGUGGCUACUAUUAAGCUCUGGUCGUAAUAAAUCGAUAGAAACCAUCGAACGAGAAGCACCAGUGUCAACUAAGAUGUUCACAGGUUUAGAGUUCAAUUGCCCUAUUAUGAUUAGGGGUGAGGACUGUCUAGUAGAAGCGGUAGGGACAGUUGUGGACAACGGGGACUUACUGUUAUGGGAGUUGUGGCCGCAGCGCCCGGCAUUCUUUCCGAAGCGCAUACAGUAG